GUAUACAAACAGCUGCCUAGCAUGGCGAAUCAGUACGACUAGCCGUCGUCACAGCGUUCCUUUUUCCUAUAGCCAUCCGCCAAUGCAGCGAGAUCCCCGCCUUUGGUGGUGCUAGGGAGACAGUUCUGAACAGUAUGACUCGAGCUGCACUGCCCCAGUUGAGUCACUUCCACAACCCUUGAUAAAGAGCAUGAAUAUUCCGGACCUCGUUUGCGCUUAUACAGUGAGCUCCAUCACCUAUGUUGUUACGGCACGAUCCGAGAAAACGAGUCGUCUUUCCUUGGCUAUUUUGCUCAGACCGAUCCGGUGAUCUUCCACCUCUGGUAUUAUCAACACGACCCCAAACGCUGUCGUCGGGCUCCCUUUACGUGGCAGAAUGGCACACCGCGUAGAUACUGGGUUCAGAAUCCUAGUUCCUCAUCCGACUUCAAGCAUCAUACUGACGCCGCCUACCAUCGACGACGGUCGUGAUGUUGUCGCUGCCCUCAAUGAUCCUCGAGUCUACAUGAAUCUCAAUGGUCCACCGUACCCGUACACCGAGGAUGACUAUUUGGGCUGGUACGGAGUCAUUGAGGAAGCCGCUCGGACAAGCUCUGAAGAAAUGCACGCGAUUGAAAGCUCGUGGCAGAUCGCUCAAGAAGCCGCGCAGAAUCCAGGAGGCUGCCGAAAGAAAUGGAUGGGCAGGAGUUGGUGGGUAUCAGCCAUCAGAGAGGUGAUAUCGGAGAGGCCGGAGACCGGCGAGGAGACGAAGUUUCUGGGCGAAAUCACGGUUCGAAGAAGCGGCUUCCUCUUCAUCUUGGAUGAAGCCGAACGUCAAAAGAAAACGGACGAGAAUAACAGCCUGGAAGCUGGAGAUCCCAAGAUCCUUUAUGAAGUAGGAUUCUACCUCAUUCCCGAAUGUCACGGUCAUGGCAUCAUGCCCAUGGUCUUACGGACUUUGAUAAGCGAGAUCCUCAUCCCGUACUUUAACGUGCAGCGACUCGUGGGAAUAUAUUUUGAGCACAAUAUACCCAGCAGGAAGGUAUUCGAGAAAUGCGGCUUUGAAUUUGCGACCAUGGCGCCGGAUGCUAUCACAAUGUCACCGGCAAAGACUGGCAGGCUGGAGGGCCUGAAGGUUGGGAUUGGCGUGCUGACAUGGCAACGGUAGCCAACCAUAUGAGCAUGACGCCCACACAAAAUCAUCGCCCGAGUCGGCCACGGUCACUCUAGCACGUGCACUUCGGCGGCAGCCGUUUCCUGGUCAUUGUUGUUGACCACAGGGGUGGUUGCGUUGACAGAUGCCGGUGCACAGAUACCGGGGGAUUAAGCAAAACCGACAGGCUUGACACCUCCGGUGGUUGAGAAGAAGAUCCGGGGAAAGUGAGGAGAUGUGGCAUUUGGCAUGCUCGUAUCUUGGGCGAAAAGUUGUUUCCAGUCAGCUCAUGCUUCAAUCAGUUCGAUUAAGCCAGGCACGGCGCAGUUGUGAGUGCCUGCUCACCAUGUCGGCUGAAUCACGACCUUCAGCAUCUUCACUGCACAUUGAGUGACGGCUCCUGUAACUGUCGUGUGGUCAUGCGGGAAUGGACGUCAGGGUCCAACUACGACGGAUUGUAUGGUGGGCAGCGAGGACUGACAGCCUGUCCCAAUAAAGCGAUCGACGUGUUUCUCGCUGUUCCAGGGGAUGACUUGACGGGAAGAUCUGGACCACAACUGACAUAACCGUCCACCAACAUGAUGCAUCGCUUCCAAGAUCUGGCAGGAGAUGGCACAGAGAAACUCCGGAGCAAUGGUCCGCAAAGCAUUCCGUCUGACAUCCGGGCGCGGGUAUCCAACCCGACAGAAUGGCUGAAAGAAAACCAGAAAGGACGAGCCUGAGCAUGGUCUGACGGUCACUUCCAUAGCACUUGCGUGGGCUUCUCGUACCAACUGGCAGUCAGAGUUGCCCAAGCGGUAUCCCAGGUCUUUUUUACUGGGACAGACACCGCGGAGCAUGUGGAAGCCAUUGGUCUACGGCUUAAGACCAUGUUUGUGAGCCAUCCAGCUGGUACGAGCUAUGUUACCUCGUAAAGAGAGGGUGACAUAUGUCAAAUCGAUGUCAGGAAGAGCAGUAACCACGGGAUAGUCCCUGCUAUCACCCAAGCAAUCCUGACUGGCGAGACACAUUGCCAAAUUGUUCUUGCAUCGAAGAGGUACAGAGAACAUUGUCCAGUUGAGGCUAGUUGAUGUCCCAUGGCUAUGGCGGUCUGUCCGAAUGGCUGGAAUGCUGCCAGUGUCAAUAGACACAGAAUCGCCCAAAGUUCGAUAAACUGAAUGAGUGUAUAAUGUUGAGCACGGACGAAAUAAUCGAUAAACCUUGGGAACAGACCACUUGUUUGG